CUUAGCUUCAGACAGAAGAAGCAAUAUAUUAACACCACAGCGUGGAGUCAGAUUACUAAACUCACCUUUUUAAGGCUGCUACUGGUAUGCUCUGGAAGUAUAAAGUAUUUGUAAUUCACCAGCACAUUUUCACUGUAUCUUUGCAUCCAAUGUGUGACCAAUUUUCUUUUUCCAAAACAGAACUGAAAACAGAAAUGUCUGGAUUUACUGAACCUUCACAACUGCGGACUUCAAUGAAGAAGGAGAUAAAAGAAGAAGAAUUUGAUGAGUUCCUACAAGAGUAUCCGUCUACAUUUACAGUGGAAGAAAAGCCUAGACUCGAAUAUGAAUGCAAAACUGAAAUGAACACGUCACCCAACAUGACUUUGAGAGAAGUAAAGUAUUCACCAAUGGAAAUCGAAGAUGAAGAAGAAUUUGAUUCAAGAGAAUGUGGUGACUUAGACUAUUCACCUACAAGAGACGUUCAAAGGAUCCAAUCUAACAAAAGAGGGAACAUUGAGCAAAAAAGGAACAAAGAGAGCCGUCAUAAACGCCCCCAGACUUCAUACCAUGAAUUACAUCAGCGACUGGACACCAGGGAGAAACAACAUGAAUGCUCCCAGUGUUUCAAAACAUUUGAAAGCCAUUCCUCUUUUGCAAUUCAUCAACGAAUACACACAGGAGAAAAGCCCAAUCAGUGCAGUACAUGUGGGAAGGCAUUUAGUCAAUCAUCUCAUCUCAAGAGACACCAGAGGGUCCAUACUGGACUAAAGCCCCAUCAAUGCAGUACAUGUGGGCAGGCCUUUAGUUGCAUGUCUCAUCUCAAGAGACACCAGAGGGUCCAUACUGGAGAAAAGCCCCAUCAGUGCAGUACAUGUGGGCAGGCCUUUAGUUGCACGUCUGCUCUCAAGAUACACCACAAGAUCCAUACUAGGGAAAGGCCACACCAGUGCAGUACAUGUGGGAAGGCCUUUAGUCAAUCGUCUCAUCUCAAGAGACAUCAAAGGAUCCAUACUGGGGAAAAGCCACACCAGUGCAGUACAUGUGGGAAGGCCUUCAGUAGAUUGCCUCAUCUCAAGAGACAUCAGAGGAUCCAUACUGGGGAAAAGCCCCAUCAGUGCAGUACAUGUGGGAAGGCCUUCAGUACAUUGUGUCAUCUCAAGACACAUCAGAUGAUCCAUACUGGAGAAAUGCCCCAUCAUUGCAGUACAUGUGGGCAGGCCUUUAGUUGCAUGUCUGCUCUCAAGAAACACCAGAGGAUCCAUACUGGGGAAAAGCCGUAUCAGUGUACUUUAUGUGGAAAGUAUUUCAGGGUAAGCUCCAACUUAUCCAAACAUCAGAUUACACAUACAGGAGAAAAGCCACAUCAGUGUUCUAAGUGUGGAAAGACCUUUAGUCAAAUGUCACAUCUCAAGAGACACCAGAGGAUCCAUUCAAAUGAUGUGCUGCCCUGCUAAUACAUGAAGUAUCUCUAACUGAAUUAUUUCUUGAAUAGCUGAGUUUUCAACAACAUUUGAUGUACAAGGUGAAGUAUUAUUUGAUCAUAUUUGAAACUUGUGUUGGGGUAGAGUUUGAAACAUAAAUUGUUAGGGUACAUGAAUCCAAUAAAACAAAAACUUGAA